UCUUCCUGAAGGGACGAAGAAGCGCGAGGGAGAAUUCAGAUCUCGCCAUGUCAGAUGGAAGCUCGAGUAGCUGACUGACACAAUCGAACAGAAACCUCUAAGGAACGGAUUGAGAGGAAAACAGUGAAGAAAAGUUCUUGAAUUUUUGCUUGUGGAGAAGUCCCGAUUCUAGGGUUUCUUUUGUCUUGAUUGGAUUCUGCCGCCAUGGAUACUCGGUUUCCGUUUUCUCCGGCGGAGGUGGCCAAAGUCCGGGUGGUUCAGUUUGGCAUAGUCAGCCCGGAUGAAAUCAGACAAAUGUCGGUUGUACAUAUUGAGCAUAGUGAGACUACCGAGAAGGGAAAACCGAAGAUUGGAGGACUGAGUGAUCCUCGGCUUGGUACCAUUGAUCGGAAGGUGAAGUGUGAGACGUGUAUGGCUAACAUGGCUGAGUGCUCGGGGCACUUUGGCCAUCUCGAGCUCGCCAAGCCGAUGUUUCAUGUCGGUUUCUUGAAGAUCGUGUUGAGUAUCAUGCGAUGCGUUUGCUUCAAUUGCUCCAAAAUUUUAGCUGACGAGGAGGACCAUAAAUUUAAGCAGGCUUUGAAGAUAAAGAAUCCCAAAAACAGGCUUAAGAAGAUUUUAGAUGCCUGCAAAAACAAGACCAAAUGUGAAGGUGGUGAUGAAAUUGAUGUCCACAACCAAGACACAGACGAACCAGUUAAAAAAAGCCGUGGUGGGUGUGGUGCUCAGCAGCCAAAGCUGACUAUUGAAGGUAUGAAAAUGAUUGCUGAGUAUAAAGCUCAAAGGAAGAAGAAUGAUGAUCAGGACCAGCUUCCUGAGCCAGCAGAAAGGAAACAGACACUUGGUGCUGAUAGGGUUUUGAGUGUUUUAAAGAGGAUUAGUGACGAGGAUUGCCAGCUCUUAGGGUUUAACCCUAAGUAUGCUCGUCCUGACUGGAUGAUUCUACAAGUCCUUCCUAUUCCUCCGCCUCCUGUGAGGCCCUCUGUGAUGAUGGAUGCCACUGCCAGGAGUGAGGAUGAUUUGACUCAUCAGUUAGCGAUGAUUAUUCGGCACAACGAAAACUUGAAAAAACAAGAAAAAAAUGGGGCACCGGCACAUAUUAUAUCAGAGUUCACACAACUCUUGCAGUUUCAUAUUGCAACAUAUUUUGAUAACGAGUUGCCUGGACAGCCAAGGGCUACUCAAAAAUCAGGGAGGCCCAUCAAAUCAAUUUGCAGUAGGCUUAAGGCAAAGGAAGGCAGGAUCAGGGGAAACUUGAUGGGGAAGCGUGUCGAUUUCUCUGCACGAACUGUUAUCACACCAGAUCCUACAAUUAAUAUUGAUGAACUUGGUGUACCAUGGAGUAUCGCUCUGAAUCUUACUUACCCAGAAACAGUUACCCCAUAUAACAUUGAAAGGCUGAAGGAGCUCGUUGAAUAUGGGCCACAUCCUCCUCCUGGAAAGGCCGGUGCCAAAUAUAUCAUAAGAGAUGAUGGGCAAAGGCUAGAUCUUCGGUACCUUAAAAAGAGCAGUGAUCACCAUUUGGAACUUGGAUAUAAAGUGGAGCGACAUUUGCAGGAUGGUGAUUUUGUUCUUUUCAAUCGUCAGCCGAGUCUGCACAAAAUGUCCAUUAUGGGCCACAGAAUUAGGAUUAUGCCGUACUCCACAUUUCGCCUGAAUUUGUCUGUCACCUCUCCGUACAAUGCUGAUUUUGAUGGUGAUGAAAUGAACAUGCAUGUCCCACAGUCGUUUGAGACUAGAGCAGAAGUGUUGGAGCUGAUGAUGGUUCCUAAAUGUAUCGUUUCUCCUCAGUCGAAUAGGCCUGUGAUGGGUAUUGUGCAGGAUACGCUUCUAGGGUGCCGUAAAAUCACUAAGAGGGACACCUUCAUCGAGAAGGACGUGUUCAUGAACAUACUUAUGUGGUGGGAAGACUUCGACGGAAAAGUUCCAGCUCCUGCAAUUUUGAAACCGCGUCCUCUUUGGACUGGCAAACAAGUUUUCAAUCUUAUAAUACCAAAACAGAUAAAUUUGUUGCGAUUUUCUGCGUGGCACUCGGAUCAAGAGACUGGAUUCAUAACUCCAGGGGAUACUCAAGUGCGGAUUGAAAGAGGCGAGCUUCUUGCUGGGACUCUUUGCAAAAAGACGCUUGGGACGUCUACUGGAAGUCUUGUUCAUGUCAUUUGGGAAGAGGUUGGUCCAGAUGCAGCUAGAAAGUUCUUGGGUCAUACUCAGUGGCUUGUCAAUUACUGGCUUUUGCAAAAUGGUUUUACUAUCGGGAUUGGUGACACGAUUGCUGACUCAGCAACUAUGGAGAAAAUUAACGAAACUAUUUCUAACGCAAAGAAUGCUGUGAAAGAUCUUAUCCGGCAGUUCCAGGAAAAGAAAUUAGACCCUGAACCAGGACGAACAAUGACGGAGACUUUUGAAAACAGGGUUAACCAGGUGUUGAAUAAAGCUCGUGAUGAUGCUGGAAGCAGUGCUCAGAAGAGUUUGGCAGAGACCAACAAUCUUAAGGCCAUGGUUACAGCAGGAUCCAAAGGAAGUUUCAUUAAUAUUUCUCAAAUGACAGCAUGUGUCGGCCAGCAGAAUGUGGAAGGGAAGCGGAUCCCAUUUGGUUUUAUAGGGCGGACAUUGCCCCAUUUCACCAAAGAUGAUUAUGGUCCUGAAAGUCGAGGAUUUGUCGAGAACUCGUACCUGCGAGGAUUGACCCCUCAAGAGUUCUUUUUCCAUGCGAUGGGAGGAAGGGAAGGUCUUAUUGAUACUGCUGUGAAGACCUCUGAAACUGGGUAUAUCCAGAGGCGAUUGGUUAAGGCUAUGGAGGAUAUUAUGGUUAAGUAUGACGGUACAGUCAGGAACUCCUUGGGUGAUGUUAUUCAAUUUCUCUAUGGGGAAGAUGGUAUGGAUGCUGUGUGGAUUGAGUCACAGAAGCUAGAUUCCCUGAAAAUGAAAAAGUUUGAGUUCGAUAGGACUUUCAAGUACGAGAUCGAUGAUGAAAACUGGAACCCAACUUACCUAAGUGAUGAGCAUCUCGAAGAUCUGAAAGGGAUCCGGGAGUUGCGUGAUGUUUUUGAUGCGGAAUAUCAGAAACUUGAAGCUGACAGGUUUCAACUCGGGACAGAAAUUGCAACGAAUGGUGAUAGUACUUGGCCAUUGCCCGUUAACAUCAAGAGACAUAUCUGGAAUGCACAGAAGACCUUCAAGAUUGACUUGAGGAAGAUUUCAGACAUGCAUCCGGUUGAAAUAGUCGAUGCCGUCGAUAAACUGCAGGAGAGGCUGUCGGUUGUCCCGGGAGAUGAUCCAUUGAGUGUGGAAGCACAGAAGAACGCUACUCUAUUUUUCAACAUUCUACUUCGUAGUACUCUUGCGAGUAAACGGGUUUUGGAGGAAUACAAGCUCAGCCGUGAGGCUUUCGAAUGGGUUAUCGGUGAGAUCGAAUCAAGAUUUCUACAAUCGUUAGUUGCGCCCGGGGAAAUGAUUGGUUGUGUUGCUGCUCAAUCAAUCGGAGAACCUGCCACUCAGAUGACUCUGAAUACAUUCCACUAUGCUGGUGUGAGUGCCAAGAACGUUACCCUUGGUGUUCCCAGGUUGAGGGAGAUUAUUAAUGUAGCUAAAAGGAUUAAAACACCUUCUCUAUCUGUCUACCUCGGGCCUGAACCUAGUAAGACAAAAGAAGGGGCUAAAACCGUUCAAUGUGCUUUGGAAUAUACUACUCUCAGGAGUGUCACUCAAGCUACGGAAGUUUGGUAUGACCCGGAUCCAAUGAGUACAAUUAUAGAAGAGGACCUUGACUUUGUCAGGUCCUACUAUGAGAUGCCUGACGAAGAUGUUUCUCCGGACAAGAUAUCUCCAUGGCUGCUGCGUAUUGAGUUGAAUCGUGAGAUGAUGGUUGAUAAGAAGUUGAGUAUGGCCGAUAUCGCCGAGAAGAUCAAUCUUGAAUUUGACGAUGACCUGACUUGUAUUUUCAAUGAUGACAAUGCUCAAAAACUCAUCCUACGGAUCCGCAUCAUGAAUGAUGAGGCUCCGAAGGGGGAGCUGCAAGAUGAAUCGGCUGAAGAUGACGUUUUCCUCAAAAAGAUUGAGAGCAACAUGCUUACUGAAAUGGCUCUCAGAGGCAUUCCAGACAUUAACAAGGUUUUCAUUAAACAGGUCAGAAAGAGCCGGUUUGAUGAGCAAGAUGGAUUCAAGACGUCAGAGGAGUGGAUGUUAGAUACAGAAGGUGUUAAUCUCUUAGCUGUUAUGUGCCACGAAGAUGUGGAUCCGAAGAGGACGACGAGCAAUCACUUGAUUGAAAUCAUCGAAGUUCUUGGAAUCGAGGCAGUUCGUCGAGCUUUGUUGGAUGAACUGCGUGUUGUGAUAUCCUUUGAUGGAUCUUAUGUGAACUACCGCCAUCUCGCCAUCUUGUGUGAUACCAUGACUUAUCGUGGCCAUCUAAUGGCAAUCACUCGACAUGGUAUCAAUCGAAAUGACACUGGGCCACUGAUGAGAUGCUCUUUCGAAGAAACAGUGGAUAUUCUUUUGGAUGCUGCCGCCUAUGCUGAGACAGAUUGCUUACGGGGUGUUACCGAAAAUAUAAUGCUGGGCCAACUUGCCCCGAUCGGGACUGGGGAUUGUGAACUGUAUUUGAACGAUGCGAUGCUGAAGAAUGCAAUCGAACUGCAACUCCCCAGUUAUAUGGAUGGUCUGGAGUUUGGGAUGACGCCUGCUCGUUCACCAGUGUCGGGAACUCCUUACCAUGAGGGAAUGAUGUCUCCGAGCUACAUGCUGAGUCCUAAUUUUCGUUUGUCGCCAAUCUCAGAUGCUCAGUUCUCUCCUUACGUUGGUGGAAUGGCCUUUUCGCCCUCUUCAUCUCCUGGCUAUAGCCCGUCAUCACCUGGAUAUAGCCCGACCUCCCCUGGUUAUAGCCCUACUUCACCUGGAUACAGCCCGACGUCUCCAGGAUACAGUCCCACUUCGCCUACUUACAGUCCGAGUUCUCCCGGCUAUAGUCCAACAAGCCCGGCUUAUUCUCCUACGAGUCCAUCUUAUUCUCCCACCUCUCCAAGUUACAGCCCUACAUCUCCAAGCUACAGUCCGACAUCCCCGAGCUACAGCCCGACAUCCCCGAGCUACAGCCCGACUUCCCCGAGUUACAGCCCGACUUCUCCCACUUACAGUCCGACUUCUCCUGCUUAUAGCCCGACUUCACCUGCAUACAGUCCCACCUCUCCCUCUUACAGCCCAACCUCACCCUCUUACAGCCCGACAUCCCCUUCUUACAGCCCUACUUCGCCUUCAUACAGUCCCACAUCGCCGUCUUACAGCCCUACUUCACCUGCAUAUAGCCCUACAUCUCCUGGCUACAGCCCGGCUUCACCAAGUUACAGUCCAACAUCGCCGAGUUAUGGUAAUACUUCACCGAGCUACAACCCGCAGUCGGCUAAAUACAGUCCAUCUCUAGCGUACUCUCCCAGUAACGCGAGGUUGUCGCCAUCCAGUCCUUACAGUCCUACAUCACCAAACUAUAGCCCAACAUCUCCAUCAUAUUCACCGACAUCUCCAUCUUAUUCUCCUUCAAGCCCGACUUACAGCCCUAGCAGUCCAUACAGCUCGGGGGCGAGCCCUGACUACAGCCCAAGUGCCGGAUACUCGCCAACGCUUCCGGGGUACUCGCCAUCGUCGACUGGUCAGUACACACCACAUGAGGGUGAGAAAGAGGACAAGACUCAGAAAGACAGACAGGCUGGUAAGGAUGAUAAAUAAAAGCAACCGUUGAAGAACUGAAGAACAAUGGAAGCAUAAACAAGCUUUUUAGAUAACAGACCAUAUUCACGCUUUCAAAGUCGGGAAUCAACAGAAAGAACCGAUAAGGGCGUGAAAAAAGUGGUCGUAAGGAACUUCAUGAACGUGGUUUCUGUAUGCUUUGAGUUUGUAAGUUAAAAAAACUCUACUAAAAAAGCACUUGUGACAGGAAAAAAAAAAUAAGCUCUCAACUCUUGAUGGUUUGCUUCGAGCUUCUGUGUGUUGCGAAGAUAUUUUUUUUUUAAUUUUAAAUGGAACAAUAUUAUUUGUGUACUGUCUGAUUCUGGGUUUGUCAUCAAUGGAGGGACACGAUAGUAUUAGGUGGUCGGAAGAUGAGAUUGGAUUCGAUUGUUUUGUCUUUAACACUUUCUGUAUCUAAAAAAUGUCAUCUUUUUGUCUGCUUUA